AUGGCGCUCAGCAGCUUCCGCCCAGGAAAGUACUUCCGGCGGGACGCGGUGCACCGCUCUCAAGCGUCCGUUGCUGCAGCUUUCUUCCGCAGUCUCGCCGGAAGCUUUCGGCUGACGCUGAUCAUCGCUGAGAGGUUGCUAGGAGGACGGAGCUGGGCUCAGAAUAUGAAGAGAAAGAAAAUAAAAAUCCCCCAACCUUUCCUAUUCUUUCCAGAACUUUUAAAACAUGAGUAUAUAGAGCCACCGCAACCUGUGGGGGUAAGCAGGGAAGGUAUUUUUUAUUCCGGAGAGAAAGAGCCUGAGAAUCCUGAGAUCACCAUGUCCUUCAAAGAGAAAGAACACUUGGAUUUGGAAACCUCUGAGUCUUUCACGGACAAGAAGGCUGGUUAUCAGGAAACUGCUUGGUCCUCAAGGGAAAAUGAGAAGGAAUACAACACACCAAAAUUCACACCUCUGCAAUUGGUUGAGAAUGUUGAAUGUGAAUUUCCAGCAACUAUUGAGUAUUUACAGGAUGAACAGAGAUAUGAGGAGCCAGAUGAUUCUUUACGCUUAGGAAAAGAGGAAUAUCUAGAAUCUGUUGGGUACUCUGAAGAUGCAGACACCCCGGAAGAGGAUGCUUAUGAUGACCCAGAGUGCAUUAUCUAUGACAGCAAAGAGGACUCUUUGUAUUCUGAAACCAUGGAGUUCUCUGAUGAAGAACAGAAUUAUGAGGAUUCAGAAACUGGCAUGUCAUUGGUGGAGGAAGAGGAGAAAAGUAUGGAAGGUAUGGGAAUGAUGUGUGUAUAGUUACUUAGGCAACAACUUAUUUUCAGGUUGCCAUGACAUAAUGGGGAGAGGGGCUGAGGAAAGGCACCAGAUGGCAGCAGAAAAGCAGCUACACAAAAAUUUCUUGGACCUCUCUAACUUGGAAUUUCCUCAGAGGUGAGUGUUGACGGGGAGGAAAACCCAGGACCUAGGAACAGCGGACAGUAUAAGCUAAAGUAAAU